GUGUCGUCAGCUACUGUGCGGUCGGUCAGUGAGCAAGCAAAUCUACGCACUUGUGAAGAACGCGGUCGAUCUAGCGUGGUAGACGUCAGCUUUUGAUUCGUGCUACUGUGAUUGCUACGUGGGCACAAACGAAAUUCCGACCGAGACAUGUUGCCGUCGGAGUGCAUCACCUUUCAGGCGAAGGCGGGCUGUUGACAGGCUCAAUUCGAGCUGGGCCUCUGAGGUUGAUCAGGCACGCACGCACGCAAGCUGGUCAGAGGCCUUGGAUUUGAAGGCUCGAUCGCGUUCGAGGUCUUGCUCGUGUGCUCUCUGACAGGGCGGAGUAGAUCUUCUAUCUAUUUGAGCUGCAUGGUUUUGACUUUCUCCGUGGCUGCCUAAUUUCCCGACGUGUUUACCCAUGAGCUCGACACCUUCGGGCACUGGUUGAUGGAAAUGAGUGUUGGGGAACAUUUGCCUGUGCCUGUCGGGAGAUCAGCGCUGACUGCAGCAUUUGAGCUGUGAAUUUUGGAAUCCCGCGAGCGUUGGGUCUCACGGGGAAGAUUGGGUUUGUGCCUCCGGGCACCAGACGUUGCAAAUGCGUGGGUGCAGUAUAAGGGCGAUUUGGAUUCUGAAUCGUACAUCGAAGCUUGUGUUUUCCAGGCGCUUUCCCACUGUCGAGAGGCAAUGGCAGCAAGCAUGCAGGAAAUUAGAAGAGGAUGCUGUACCAAACACUCCUGGCAUGAAGUACCUCCCUAUUCCCAUGGAUUCUCAAUUGAUCCAAGCAUUUCUUGAUCGCAAACAAAGGGAAGGGACAGUUGCAGGAUGUGGGAUACGGACUCCACACUCUGAAGAAGGAUCUGACUCAUGGCUGGAUGAACUUAUCACGAGACAUGUCAUCAGCCUUCAACUAGAAGGCAAUGAAGGUUCCGGCAUGUUGUGGCCAGUAGUAUUGCACAUGAGUGGUACUUAUCAAAUUCUGGUCUUGCCUCUGGUGGAACCACGGCAUUUACUCACAUAUGAAGACCUCUGCCAUAGAAUUGAUUGUGGUGGGGCCGCCACAGGAGAAGACACAGAGGCUGCGAGCAGCCUCUCUACGAUCCUCCUGGAUCUUCCCUGCAUCACAGGCUCCCUUGCAUUGGCUCAAGUUUUGGGAGAGGUGGUCACGGGUGAGGUUGCUGAACCAGAAAUGUAUAUCAACACCGCAUCCACUAUGGGAGGACUCCUUGAUACACUCGCCGGUGGCAUGGGACUUUCCAGCAUUGGUGCUGGAAUAUCAGGGAUAGGAGCGCGUGCAAAACCCGUCACUGUCCCAGUAGCAGCUGCAGCCACCGCUGUUGCAGCGGCGGCAGCAACUGCCACUUCAGCUAUCGUACAUCAUGGAGGGAAAGGACUUGGAAAGUCGGACAAGGAUGCUCUACGGAGUUUUAUCAGCAGUGCUAUGCCCUUUGGGACACCCCUAGAUCUCAACCCUAUGAGUCUUCUAACUGUCAGGUCAACUGGGUUUACUUCUCAAGAUGUUCCACACCCAGAACUUAGACAGCCCGCGUGGAAGCCUUAUCUUUACAGAGGCAAGCCGAAAAUGCUGUUUACAGUGCACGAAGUGGUUACAGCAGCUCUUUAUGACCGGGACAAUGUAGCCGAUGUUAUCACGUUGGGAGGACAGAUUUUGUGUCGUGCAGAUUUGGAGGGUUUGCCCGAUAUCACUCUUCCUAUUCAUUGUCCUAGUUCCGGUCAGCCCCAUGCGGUCACCUUCCAUCCGUGUGCACAGGUUCCAGAGCAAGGUCCGGACAGACUGACAGUCACAUUUUCACCUCCUUUAGGCAACUUCGUACUGGCAAGGUAUACCGCUUUGCCGUCAGUCGUGAAACCUCCUUUGAAAGGUUUCUAUCAACUCUCAAUGGUCUCAAAAAACGAAGGAGCCUUUCUAAUCAGAAUGAAACUUAUGGAGGGCUGGAAGCCUCCCCUUUCUUUGGACAACUGCUCUUUGACUAUCCCAUUUCCUAGGCGCCGCAUUCUUGCCGUGGAUGGUGUACCAUCUUACGGUCAACUGGUCACGACUGAACACGCUAUUGAAUGGAAAAUCGUUGUUACUGGACGCGGACAUUCUUCGAAACACAAUGAGGUCACCUUCUCAGGAACAGUCAAGUUUGCUCCCGAAUCCACUUCAGGACGUGUGUCUCAGUACGCAACUGCAGACCCCUACGAGGAGAGUGAUGGUGAAGGUGAUGCUCAAAAUACCAACUUUGAAGGAGCAGAAGCCGGAGAUGGUGGAGCAGAUCCUGCCGAUUGGGAGGAACCAUUUUGCUGGGGGGCAUACAAUUACGCAAAGGCUUCGCUUAAAAUACUGGGAGGAACAAUGUCAGGCAUUUCUAUUGAUCCCAAAUCUGUAUCAAUAUAUCCGCAAAUUGCUAAGCCACCUUGCGACUUCUCUGCUCAGGUGAUAUCAGGCGAAUAUAUAUUUUGGAACUCCUUGGGCAGAUAUCCAUACACAGCUGUUUGACAGGUCAAUAUCUUGAAAGAGAAUGUUGUGAAGAUUCUCCGAUUUUUCGUCAGAUCAUUCAGCCAGAUUUGUUUGCUACUACUUCAUCGAACUUUUACAUCGUUUCUGUCUUUAACAACGAGGAACUGACGUCAGGCAGGAAGGUCAAUCAGAGUAUGAUACACAGAAGGCAACGUAUGAUAAAAUUCACGAUAAAGAAGGAGAAAGUAGACUACCAGCUAACCAUGCUACGUAGUUCGAUUGUUAUAAUUGUCAUUAAGGUAGAUGAGGAAAGAACAGGCUGGCUUUUUUGAAUCACAAUUUCGUCCGUUUCGGUUGUUCAUGUAUGUCCAUGAGAGAGUUGUGUUCACAGUGCAGAAAUUCAUAGAAUUGUUAUGUGUUGAUUAUGUUCGUGGAGCGGCACACUCCUGCGAAGCACUAGGUCACUCACAGUGUUCAAAGUAGGAGAUGCUCUAAGGUUCUUUCGGUACAAAGGAUGUAAACCCUGCGUUUCCAGAAAUCACAAGUGUGAUCAAGGAAAUUGGUGAAGGCACAAGUUUUUCUUGUGAAUUUCAUCACUGGCUGCCCUCUUCUUUUGCAAAUUUUAUUUUUGCACGACUCAAGCUUUGACAAGAAUGCCUUUGGGUUACUCCCUUGAAGAAUUGAAGGAUGGAUUUCGUUCUCUCCGUCUGUCUUCAUUUAUGAAAGUUUUGACUUUGCAAAGAUUAGAGUUAUCAGGUAGGUACCGCAGUCGAAACUAGCAAAACCUUAUGAAAGUGAUCGGGUGUUAAGUUGAGGUGGACCCUUCGCUUCAUAUUUGCCCGAUGACGA